AGGAUACAAAAUGGCGUCUUUAAUGCGAGUUGCACGGUUUGGCCGAAUUCUAGCACCUGCAAUUGCUAGAAGUGCAAGGCUUCCAAGGCCCACCACUUAUCAGCCUAUUGUAUUUAGUUCCACGUCGGAAUCUAAGAAGUCUGAGUUCGUGGUGGGAAAGCAGACAGAAGUGGACCCGAAAAGGGUAGAGGAAAUAAUUAGAGAAGGUGAACGAGAAGUCAGAGAUGAUGUCAACGAUCCAGGUUAUGUUGGUCAUGGUUUUUCCAAUGAUCCUUUCAUGGAUUCACUCACAGCAAAAUUAACUUUCUUCUGUAGUAUAUCAAUUUUCCUGGUGUUUGUGACUCUUUUUGCACAUUAUAUGCCAGACACAACUGGUAGAGUAUGGUCAGCACGAGAAGCUGAACGAGUGGUUGCAGAGAGGGAAGCUAUGGGUCAGCCACUUAUCAAUCCAAACUUUGUAGACCCAGAUAGAAUUAGUUUGCCAGAUGAUGAUGAAUAAGUGAUAGGUUGUAAUAUACAAGUGUGUCGUUUUGAAAGUUAUGAUAUAAGCACUGUUCAGUUUAGACCGUCUAGUUACAAAGCACCAACUAUUCAAAACAGUGUCUUUUUUUACAAGGAUGGAGUUAUUUUUGUCCAUGCGGUUUAAUGAGUAUGUUCAAUUAAUUUGAUCUAUCCAGUAUCAGUAAUGCGAUAAUGUUACAUUGUAUUGAUAGGAAGCUACCUGCAUGUAUUUUUUAUGUAGGUAUACCUGUAGUUUCUGUAUUUCGCAACUAUGUAAGACGCAAAUAGCACAGUGAUUUUUGAACAGUAUUGUAAGAUUAAAUCAUAUUCUGAAGUAAAUGUUUGAUUAAUUCU